GAGUUAGCCUUGACGUUGUUGCUACAGUAAACCAACAAAAUUGAUUGAUUCCGGAAUAUCAGACUGACUACAUGGAAUGGCUCUAAGGCUUGCAUGUGGCUGGAAAGUAUUUCGCUGAUCCAUACUCGAUACUAUCAGUACUUCAGAGUCAAUCCCACCAAUGGCUUGCCGGAUCUAGCGGUCUCAGACUAAGCUGCUUCAAGUUGACCCUGAACCAUCAUGCACAAAAACCCGCCUGAUGACACGUCGCGUCCUCCCAGCUCGUUCUGGAAGUGGCCCCACUUCCCAGGUACAGUGCAUGAUCCUGAAAAUGGUAUUCCCGAGGAGGUCUACAAUGAGCUUGUGAGAUACACGAAGUUUGCAUCUGGCGCGUAUCAAGUUCUAUGCCCGCGUCCGAUGGGAAACACAUUAGUCACCCAGUUUACAGAUGUAAUUACGGCUACUCAAGGUUUCGUUGCUCGUGAUGACACAAGGAAUGAACUUGUGGUUUCAUUCAGGGGCAGCCGUGAGAUUGCGAGCGCGAUGAUUGAUACGUCCCUCGUGCUUUCUCCCCUUCGUGGACCAGGCCUGCCAAAGAACACGGAUGCCCACGUGCAUACAGGCUUUCUUUAUGCUUUUAGAAGCGUUGGAGAGCGCGUGCUUAAUGUUUUACGCGAGCAGUUUGAGAAAUAUCCCGAGUAUGAGGUAGCUGUGUCCGGUCAUUCGCUUGGAGGUGCCAUUGCCUGCAUUGCAGCAUUAUCUAUCAGGAACAGUUUCCCUGAUGCUGCGCUGCGAUUGUUCACAUUUGGACAGCCAAGGACAGGGGAUCACUCAUUCGCUGAGCUCGUGGAAUCCGUGAUCGGAAUGGAUAAUAUUUUCCGAGCCGUGCAUUCGUUCGACGGCGUGCCGACAAUGAUACCUACGAGGCUAGGCUACAAGCAUCAUGCCACGGAAUAUUGGCAGUUCACCGAACCGCCGGCUCCACGCCACGUACGUAGAUGUGUGGGCAGCGAAGAUCCAGAAGGGAGUGCCUCUAUACCAUCGACAGGCAUCAAUCUCCCGCAUAUGGUGUAUUUCGAACAGCUGAUCGCGUCGGAUCCCACCGUUUGUAUCUGACAUCUGAUUAGAUCCAGACAUCUUUGAUUGCCGAUUGACCUACCUCUUUAGCCCCUCAUUUUCGCAUAUGUGUGUAUUUCUUUCCCCAGCCCUACUACUGGGCGCAUCCAUCAUGAUGGC